AUGACCCAGAAUCAAUCUAAAUUAUUUAGCUGUGGAUUAGAGUUGGCAUCUUUCGUGGCCAGCUCUGACCUUCUCACUUCUUCAUGUAAGCUUAUCUCAGAUCUGGAUGCAGAAUCACAUUCAGACCAGAAUCUGUUUUGCGAAAAAGUUAGCGAAGAAUCAUGUUUGACAAUUAUAAUUAUAGCGUUUGGGACAACCCAAAAUCAUGUUCAAUCUGCUUUGCUUCCUUUUUCGAUCGACAUGAAUGACAAUCCCUUCAAAUUUAUCUGUUCCAAAGCCAACCCCAACUUCUCCCUUAAUCAAUCUAAAUUUACCCUGUUCAAUGAAUACCGAACUGAGCUUGGUCAACUAAAAUCCAAGAAAAGAUGGAUCCGGAAAAGAAACAUAAACGUCCACUCUGCAUUACCACUUCUUGGAGACCAAAAGCUUCAACAAUAUUCAUCUCAAAGUUCUUAUUUGAACUCUUGCUUACUAAAUGUGAUCGCUCUCAAGGAACCAUGUCUUGCCUCUCCAAUUUCUGAUGAGUACAGAUCUUUUGGAUUAUUCCUCUUCUGUUCUGAUCAUGGCUCUGCUUGUUUUGAGAACCACGAUUAUAUUCUGAAGAUUCAAAAGGGCACGAGUCAGCUGAAUCCAAGAUUGCAAAUUCAUGAUUAUAGAAAUGUUGUGGAGAAUCUCAAGCACAAGUCAAUCAAAGACUUUGGUGUUCCCAACAGUAUCACUAAUUCUAAUCAACUCAAGGCAUGCCUCAGUUUGCAGUUAUGUGCUCUGGGAUUUCCACAAUUGCAGUAG